AUGGCUGAUCCACGUAAUGAUGAAGAAGAAAACAUUUCAUUGAGUUCCAUCUCAACGUCAGCUGCGUCUCGGGCAUCGCCAAGAAACGCAGAAGAACCGAUUACAUUCGCACCAAAGUACGAAGUCAAUAAUGACAAUAAUGUAACAUGCAAUGAAUACUAUCCAGAAGGCGAUAAGCGGAAUAUUGGAACAACCAUAAUAACCGAAGAGCCCGCAAGAAAGCAACCUUUGUGGAGAAAAGUUUACAGCGUGGUGUAUCCUGAUUAUGUCCUAGAUCACUUGAACUACAAGUCUUUCAAAGUUGUCAUUCAAAGUUGGACGCAUCUAUACCCAUCGGCGAUAUUGUCCAUAGUACCGAAAACUAGUACAUGGCUUGGAGGCGCUCCAUAUUUGACCAUGAUUGUCUCCUUCAUUGGUAUAGCCGGCGGUGGGUCCGUUAUUAUGAAUGUAUUGACUGCAAUAUUGAUGUUGAUUGGAGCAUUGAUUUCGUUUGUUCACCAUGUUGUUAGAUCAAAAAUAAUUAAUGAUUUGCAUGGCGGAAUCACGCAGCAAGAGCUAGUGCAAAGCUUGAUCACUGAGGGAGUUUGCCAAGCAGGACCCGAACUCACCAACUGUAUAACUGAGCAAGUUUUCAGUGGAAGGUACAUCGAAACGAAAGCUGUUGCUGUGACCAUGAUAUCCAUGAUUAUAAACACAGUUAUACUAGGCAACAUACGACGCCUACAUCCACUCGGAAAUAUGUGCUAUAUUAUGGGUCAAAUAGGAAAUGUGAUUUUCUCGUGUUAUGGACAUUUUUCUCCGUUGUAUGAGCCGUUACAAAUUGGAUUUACGGUUUUGAAACCACUUGGAUGUGGUCUUCUUUUGAAAGUUGGCGCAGGUUUCUUUGUAUUUCCACUGACGUCCAACUUCAAGUACAUUGCUGGUAUGCAGGGAGUGCUCACACAAUUAAAGCAAGCUUCAGAGAAGAAUAUGCGACUUUUCAUGACAAUGAAACCGUCGGCACCGAAUUUUGCAAACUACAAAGCAUUCAAGAAGGAAAUGACUAGUAUCAGGAGUAAAACAGCCCCUUUGGAGAUACUUGCCUCAACCGUAUGGUUGGAGUACUCUUAUGGUAGAUUUGACGUUGGUGAUGUUGGACAACUCAGAUCAUUAACCAAAAACUUAAUCACGUCAACUGCCAGUUAUGCACAUUUUUUCCAAUUGUUGCAGGAGCGGACAUUUUUUGCAAAAGAUGAUUUCACAAUGUCAAGACGAAGAUCGACUGUGUCUUCCUUGACCCAUGGCCACGCCAAGAUAUAUAGCGCGUUCCAAGAUUCCUACAAAAAAGUAGGAGAAUACGAACACAAGAAGCGUUUGAAGACGUUACGAAAUCGAUUCAUGCAUCAGGGACUUGGACGAAGAUUAAGACCAGAUGAAAUAGAUGAGAUUGCUGAAUUACUCACACAUAAUCUUAGUCCGUUUUUGGACGUAUCAAACAAAGCACAAAGCAAGAUACUAGAAUGGCUCAAUGCUGCAAAUCACUUUAGGAUUUUCGCUUUAGUUCCAUGGGAAUACAAAAAGCAUGUUGCAAGGCAAAAGGAAAUGGCAGAAAAGGUGAAAGAGGUGAAAAGGGAACUUGUGGAAACGCUUGCAAAAUUUGAGAACGUCGAUGUCUUGAAAGAUAUGAUGAUUGACAGCAACCAGAGCGAGGAGUGGCUAUUGUUUUUGAUUAGCCAGGGAGUGUUGUUUCUCCAGAUUGCUCGCCAUCAAUGCGAAAAUCUUGUCAAGCUUAUCGAUUUACUAAUCGAUUUGGAUGAAAGGCGACCCACUCCCAAAUUCAUCACCUAUUUCACUAAAAAUAAGUAUUCUAAGCCGCGACACUUGACAAGUGAUCUUGACGAAGAGGUACCAGACUAUUUACGAAAGGAGACUCAGAGCAGAGACGCAGACAAUUUACCGCCAUCAAAUUUUGCUCAAUAUGUUGGAUUAUACUUGACUAAAGUAUUCUACUUUCUAAUAUCAGAUAGAUUGUGGUUUUGGAUUCGUGCUGGGGGGCUUAUAUGUAUAGGUGCUAUCCCAUAUUUUGUGAGAACUACCGCUCAUUGGUACUACAGUAACAGAAUGGUUUGGCUUGUUAUUAUGAUUGCCGUUUCGAUAAGUGAAAGUACCGGACAAACCACAUAUGUCUUUAUAUCAAAGCUUAUUUACACAUUUGCCGGGUGUUUACUAGGUCUUGUUUGCUGGUACAUUUCGUGUGGGAGUGCUGCUGGAAACUACUAUGGAUACGGGGCUGUGACGGGUGUCAUCUUUUUGUACUUGAUAUUCUUUAGACAUUUUUCUGUACACCAGACCCUUUUACCUCAAAUAUUGUUUGGUGUGACGACGAUUUUGGUAUUGGGUACGUCUUGGCUAGAUGCCCGUGGCAGCAUGUCAGCAAAUGUUGGAUACGGAUGGAGACCAGCUUACAUACGAUUUGUUAGUGUGGUCAUUGGCUUGUGUAUAGGGUCAUUGACUGCUAUUCUUCCCAAGCCAAAGUCUUCGAAACACAUUGUGAGGCAAAUAUUGUCAUCAUCGCUAUCGGAAGUUGGCAACAUUCAUUGUGACGUGGCAAAAUUUGCCGUGAAAAGAUCCAAUGAUCCCUCUUAUCACAUAUUGGAAAGACAUGACAUUCUUUUGGCCCGAUUCAGGUAUCAUUUUAUGAAAAUUGCGCUGUUAAACACACUCUUGGUACCGUUGAGAUUUGAACUACCUAUUGCAGGGUAUUGGCCAGAAUCGAAGUACUUGCGCCUUCAAGGGUUGAUCGGAGACACUGUACAACUAUACCUGAUGAUGUUGAUUGCGAUAAAUGAGCUUGACGACCCGGUUUCAUGGGUACCGAUUAUAAUCAAACGUGUGGGUUUCUGCUACUCAGAGUUGGAUGCUGAGAUUUUCUCCCUCAUUCAUAUGGCUUCCGAUGCUAUCAAGUCCAAAGAGGCGUUGCCAAAAAUCACUGAAGCAAAUGUGUCUUUAAGACACUUGGAGCUACUUAGCCGUCAGUGGGGUAUAAACAAGAUUUCAUUGAGUGAACGGUUCUACAGCUCCAAAAGUGUUGAUGCAGAAGGUCAUGGUGCUAUAACAGAGCACUUGGAUUACCACAAGUUUUUCAGUCGUGAUGGUCAAUUGAACAUCUUGUCGUUGUUAAUUGCGCACAUGAUUUACAAUAGGUUGGACGAGAUAAUGAUAGUUGUAAAGGGACUUGUUGGAGAGAUGUACGAUUUUGAUGAGAAUAUAUUGAUUGAGGAUGACAGUGAAGACGAAGAAGCAGUUGAUGAUUUGGAGAGGGGGUGA